AUUUUGUACAUUUUCUACGUAACCAACAAAUGGUGUCGAGUUUCAUUUCUGAAGAAACUUAUUCGUCUUUUGUCGACUGCUUUGUGACAUUAAAAGGUUAUUUCGCGUUCAGUGUCCUUAACGAAAGAGAGAAACUUCGUGUCGUUGGUUCGGAAGCUAAAGACAGUGAUCAACCAGUUCUCCCUAUUUACGAUUAUUCUUCGGACAAGAACACUCUCGACCGACCACACUUUGACUGCUUGUUCAAUCAAGUUCCGUGUCAGUUUUUUUUUCAUAGCGCAAAUGGAGCCUCCACCCCCUAAUGAGCUUCUGAAGAAGUUACUAGAGCUAGAGCAAAGCCACGAGCAUCUAAAGCAGCAGAUGUCUAGGCUCAAGAUAUCCACGGACCUUACUCAGCCGGUGAGGGGAAACAUCGGCGAGGGAGAUCCUACGAGGAGGAAAAGCGUCCCCGCCUCCUCGUUUCAGAAGCAGAAACGUAUACAAGAUUCGAUCAACUUGAGAGAUGGAGUAGGUGGAAGAGGGACAAGACCAUCGGCUGGAAAGUUCACGAAUAAACAGUAUCUUAAUAUCCUGCAGUCGAUUUCACAAUCUGUUCAUGUCUUCGAUCUAAAUAUGCAAAUAAUCUUUUGGAAUGCCAUGUCUGAAAAGAUUUAUGGGCACACAGCUGAAGAAGUAGUUGGGAAGAACCCAAUAGAUGUUCUGGUAGAUGGACGAGAUGCUCCUUUUGCUAUGAACAUUGCUCAGCGUUGUGUCAGUGGAGAGAGCUGGACCGGCGAGUUUCCUGUCAAGAGCAAAUCAGGGGAGAGAAUUUUAGCUGUCACUACAUGUUCCCCCUUCUACGAUGAUGACGGUUCUCUGGUUGGUAUCAUUUCCAUCACAAGUAACACAGAACCUUAUCUUCACCCGAGACUCCCUUUGGCUACAUUAAAGGCCAAAGAAGAUGAAACGAAUUCUAGCACUGGAAGGAAUAGUUUCGCCUCUAGACUUGGUUUUGGAACCAAAGAAGCUGGUCUUGACUCUCAUCAGUCUAUACAAGCUGCCAUAACAUCAAAGAUAUCAGAUCUGGCAUCCAAGGUGAGCAACAAGGUCAAGUCAAAAUUGCGAGUAGGUGACAGUAGUGCUACACUCUGUGACAGGGUCUGCGGUGCUACUCUCUCUGACAACAGCGACGAUCCAUCAUCAUCAAGUAGUGCCAGCAUACAAAGAGUGGAUCUUAUCUAUCCUCCUUUUGGUGUAUUCUCAUGUGAUGAAGAGGCUGCAACCCCUAAGAUUUGUACCUCAGAGGCUGACCAUGAAGUUUCAAAAGGAAAGCCAGGUCAUUCUGGAUGGCCUUGGUCACAGAAUCAACAUAUUAAUCCGUUUUGUGAUGUUAACCCUGGAAGCGAUUCCUCUGAUAGUAGUAAGGGAGGUAAUAACGAGGCUUCUAGUAUGUGGUCUUCCUCUAUAAAUGCAAACAGCACACGCAGCACUAGUACCUGUGGAAGUGCCAGCAGCAGUGGUAUAAACAAGGCUGAUACUGAUAGUGAAUAUGAAAUUUUAUGGGAUGAUUUGACAAUCGGAGAAGAUAUCGGACGAGGUUCAUGUGGAACUGUCUAUCACAGUCUGUGGUUUGGAUCUGAUGUAGCAGUAAAAGUGUUCUCCAAGCAAGAGUAUUCAAAAGAGGUUAUGCAAUCUUUUAGACAAGAGGUAUCGCUGAUGAGAAGACUUAGACAUCCUAAUGUACUGCUCUUUAUGGGAGCAGUGACUUCACCUCCACGCCUCUGUAUAGUGUCAGAGUUCCUUCCACGUGGAAGUCUCUUCCUUCUACUACGGAGGAGCACAUUAAACCUGAAUUGGAAGCGGCGUAUUAAUAUGGCCUUGGACAUUGCUCGCGGUAUGAACUAUCUUCAUUGUUGUAGUCCACCCAUCAUCCAUCGUGACUUGAAGUCGUCAAAUCUGCUGGUAGACAGGAACUGGACUGUUAAGGUAGCUGACUUUGGUCUUUCGCGUAUCAAACAUGAAACCUACCUGACCUCCAAGUCCGGGAAGGGCACGCCUCAAUGGAUGGCACCAGAAGUGCUUCGAAAUGAGUCUGCUGAUGAAAAGUCUGACAUUUACAGCUUUGGAGUAGUACUAUGGGAGCUUGCUACAGGGAGGAUCCCAUGGGAAACUCUCAACUCUAUGCAGGUGAUAGGAGCUGUGGGGUUCAUGAACCAGAGGCUCGAGAUUCCAAAGGACAUUGAUCCUCGUUGGAUCUCGUUAAUAGAGAGCUGUUGGCACAGCGAUACGAAGCUGAGACCUACUUUCCAAGAACUGAUGGAGGAACUAAGAGACUUGCAAAGAAAGUAUGCUAUACAGUUCCAAGCUACAUGUUCUAGGUUACUUGAUAACCCUCUUCUCCAGGACAACUAAGACAAAAACAACUUUUAGUUCCAAAACGCGAGUAUCUGUUCAAAGGAAGUUAGUUACAUAAACUGUGUGUGGAACCAUGCUUUUCUGGUGUGUCAUUGAACAAAAGGUUAUGGCGUGGGAGAUGUCAUUUCUAUCCUAUAGUUCAAAGGUAGUCUUCUUCUUGCUGUACCAAACUCAUUUGUGGUUACAUAUCUUUUGUUCCUCCUUUCAUGUCGUAACAGGGAUGUUGAGUACUAUUAGCUAGUGAGACGGACCAACUCUGCGCUCUUGACAUCUUGAGCAGCAGAACAUUAUCUUGUGGGAUUCUUUUCUAACAUCUUUAUGUGGAUCUUUGUAGGAUGAAGAGCAGAGACAACAGAUUUGAGAUGCAUCAGAAAUUUGAAGUGUCUGAACUCUUCAGUGAAGUACAUGGAAUACGUAGUCCGAGUAGAGACAUGCAUAAUCUCCAAAGCCAACAAAGUAGUUAGUCUGAAGCAGUUAUUAGAGUCUUGUGCACAAAGUAGUAAGAAUCAUUAAUCACUUGUUUUGGAGGCUUUUUGGUGUCUUUGUAUAGUUACUUUGUUCUUAAUAUCAUCCAUGUGUUUUUGUUGUGAUUUCACUUUAACUUUCUGGUCAUUACAUCAAAGUCCCCCAUUUGAAUCUUGUAAUUUUUUAUAGAUACCAGUAACUGUAAACCGAUAAUAUUCAAAUACUAAA